GCAAUGUUUUGAUUCUGUUGACCGUGACGUCACGGUGCACUACACAAAAAUGGUUCCUACUUUAGUUUUCUAUACAAGCAAUCAAAGUCUGCACAACUUUACGCGUUAAAUAUGGUCCAAAUAAAGCGCCGAGGGAAUUAACACGGACGAAAGGCUCGGACAUGGAGGCGUGUGCGGAAUCCGGACGCAAACUGCGGUCCAUCUGCAGAAGAAUGUACGAUGAGAACGAGGACUUGUCAGAUGUGGAGGAAAUCACAAACAUCAGAGGCUUCAGCGUGGAGGACAAACUUGAGAGCAGUUUAUACAACAGUGAAUUUGUUCAGCAUAUGGAGGGAAAAGAUUUUACCUAUGAAUAUGUUCAAAGAGAGGCACUCCGAACCCCACUCAUAUUUAAAGCCAAAGAUGGACUGGGAAUUAGAAUGCCGGAUCCAGAAUUUACUGUAAGUGAAAUCAAGGGUCUGGUUGGCAGUAGACGGGCUGUUGACGUGAUGGACGUCAGUACGCAGAAGGGCUCAGAGAUGAGCAUGGCGCAGUUCGUCCGCUACUAUGAGACACCCGAGGAUGAGCGUGACAAGCUGUUCAACGUCAUCAGCCUGGAGUUCAGUCACACCAAACUGGAAAACUUGAUCAAGAGACCUACGGUGGUGGAUCUGGUGGACUGGGUGGACAAUAUGUGGCCACGGCAUCUUAAGCAGAAACAAACUGAAGCCACAAACGUCAUGUCUGAGAUGAAAUAUCCCAAAGUUCAGAGAUACUGUCUGAUGAGUGUAAAGGGCUGUUUCACUGACUUCCACAUUGACUUUGGUGGCACAUCGGUAUGGUACCAUGUCUUCAAAGGAAGGAAGGUCUUCUGGCUGAUUCCUCCAAGCACACGCAAUCUGUCUCUGUAUGAGGACUGGGUGCUGUCAGGCAAACAGAGCGAUGUCUUCCUGGGUGACCGUGCAGACGGCUGCCAGCGUGUAGAGCUGAAACAGGGCUACACGUUCUUCAUCCCUUCAGGUUGGAUCCAUGCCGUCUACACUCCAGAGGACACCCUGGUGUUUGGCGGGAAUAUUCUACACAGUUUUAACAUUCCCAUGCAGCUCACUGUCUAUGAAAUUGAGAACAGAACAAAGGUGCACUCCAAAUUCCGCUACCCUUUCUUCUAUGAGAUGUGCUGGUAUGUGCUGGAGAGGUAUGUGAACUGCUUAACCAGACGUUCGCACCUCAGCCUGGAGUUCCGCGUUCACACUGCUGAACCCAAGCUUGUAACCGAGUGUCUCGUCUCUGCUCCCCGGCUGGACAUGGAGGAGAACUCGUGUGAGACGCAGUUAGAGAAGACAGAGGGGGUGACCCAGCCCUCCUCAGCUGUCCCUCCCUAUCAGACCUUGAAACCCCCAGUCAAUGAUUCUGAAGACAGCUCCAAGUCCUUCCCUUCAGAGUGUCCCAAGACUCCGUCUGGCUCACCUGGAACAGAGCAUGCGGGCAAAUGGACCCACUUGACAGAGUUUGAGUUGAGUGGACUCAAGGCCCUGGUGGAGAAGCUGGAAUCCCUUCCGGAGACGAAGAGAUGUGUUCCAGAGGGCAUCGAGGAUCCACAAGCACUGCUAGAUGACGUGAAGGUUGUCUUGAAGGAACAUGCCGAUGACAAUCCAAAGUUGGCCAUCUCUGGUUCUCCUAUUGUAUGCUGGCCAAAGAAGUCAGGCAAGCCACGGCCGCUUAAUCGGCCAAAACCCAAGAUGGGCUCAUCUCCAUCCGCUGCUCCGUGCUCGGCAGCAGGUGGAGCGAAGCUCUCAUCCAGUCGUGGUUCAUCUAGUGCCAGGCGCAGACGAACACGCUGCAGGAAGUGCGAGGCAUGUACACGCAAAGAGUGUGGGGAGUGCCACUUCUGCAAGGACAUGAAGAAGUUUGGUGGACCAGGCCGCAUGAAGCAGUCCUGCAUCAUGAGACAGUGCAUAGCGCCUGUUCUACCUCACACUGCUGUGUGUCUGGUGUGUGGAGAGGCUGGGAAAGAAGACACAGUAGAGAACGAGGAGGACAAGUUCAACUUGAUGCUCAUGGAGUGCGCUAUCUGCAAUGAGAUCCUCCAUCCAGAUUGUUUGAAGGAGAAGGAUGCUGGUGGCAUUGUGAAUGAUGAGUUGCCAAAUUGCUGGGAGUGUCCGAAAUGCAAUCACGCUGGAAAGACAGGGAAAGCCACAAAGCAAAAAAGAGGCCCAGGGUUUAAGUACGCAUCCAAUCUCCCUGGCUCUCUGCUCAAAGAGCAGCGGAUGAUCAGGGACAUAAAGGAAGAGCCAGACUCGAACAUGUCUACAGAGUCCUACACCUCUACUGUUUCACCGGUCAUGAAGAAGAAGACAGAACGAGAGGACAAUCCUACCUGCAAGUCAGAAGACGCACUUAAGAAACGUUCCCCCAAAAUGGAGGACAACCCACUCCGCAAGAAGAGAAAACUCUUUGAAAAGGACUCUGACUCAGAUUGCAAUGUCAGGAAAAAGAAGAAGCGCUCAAAGCCUGAUGCUCUCUCAGCAUCUAAUGUCCUGGGACAGAUCAAGACAGAAAGAGAGGAUGAUGAGGAGUAUGAUGAGGAUAACAGACAAGAACUAGAGAGGAAACCCUUCAGUUUUGUGCCCUCAGAAGAAGAUGAUGGAGAUGAUGAAAGGGAGGAAGAAGAAGAGGAGACGAUGAAAGAGAAGAGUAGCCGAGAGGAGAACGGCAAGAUUUUACACAAGACCUCUGCUACGGAAGGUGACCAAUCACAGGGACGUUGUACCCAGGCGGGGCCUAGCAGCGACUCAGGAGUUGAUGCACAGUUGAGGAUCCAGCGAAAAACCAAACGCAAACCUCGCCUGCCCAACAAAGAACUAAGCAAAGAACUGAGCAAACAACUCAACCAGGAGAUCCAAAAGACAGAGGAUCGUCUGGCUCAUCAAAAUGGCAGGACAGUAAAGACAGAACCAGAUAGUGAUGGAGAGGACAGAAAACCACUGAAUAAUGGCAGCAGCCAUCUGAGAGACUGGCUGGGGCCUAAGCGUGAACUAAACGGAUCCUUGCGAGAACAGUCCCCGGCGAGUUGGAUCAGGACUACACCUACCCCUGUCUUCCGGCCAACACCUUGCCGCUCUCCACCGAAAUGUGUUCAGAUGGAGCGGCAUGUCAUUCGCCCCCCUCCGAUCAGCCCUCCACCAGACCGACUGCCUCUAGAUGAUGGCAAGAAUCAUAUCAUGCGCAGAGAGGUGUGGAUGGCAGUGUUCAGCCACCUUGCACACCAAGACCUGUGUGUCUGCAUGCGGGUCUGCAAGACCUGGAACAGAUGGUGUUGUGAUAAAAGACUGUGGACCAAGAUCGAUCUGAACCGGUGCAAGGCAAUCACUCCUCUCAUGCUGAGCGGCAUUAUCCGAAGACAGCCGGUCUCCCUGGACCUGAGCUGGACCAAUAUCUCCAAGAAGCAGCUCAGCUGGCUAAUCAACAGAUUACCUGGUCUGAGGGUUUUGUUGCUGGCAGGCUGCUCGUGGGCAGCUGUAUCUGCUUUAUGCACAUCCAGUUGUCCUUUGCUAAGAACUCUAGAUGUGCAGUGGGUAGAGGGACUCAAGGACAACCAGAUAAGAGACUUACUCUCUCCGCCAACAGACAACAGACCAGGUCAGUUGGACAGUAGAAGUAAACUGAGGAAUGUGGAGGAUCUCUGUCUAGCUGGUCUGGACAUCACAGAUGCGUCCCUGAAGCUGAUCAUAAAACACAUGCCUUCACUGUCUCAGUUGGACCUUAGUUACUGUAACCACAUCACCGACCAGAGCGUCAACAUCCUUACGGCAGCCGGCACCACGACCAGAGACUCUCUCACUCACAUCAACCUGUCAGUUUGUAACAGAGUUACAGACCUGUCAUUGACCUACUUCAAGCGCUGCGGAAACAUUUGUCACAUUGACCUUCGGUACUGCAAACAGGUGACCAAAGAGGGUUGUGAGCAGUUCAUCGCAGAGAUGUCUGUCAGCGUGCAGUUCGGACUUGUUGAGGAAAAACUACUGAGCAAACUGAGCUAGUCAACAAAGACACUGACAAUAACUUGAACUACAACCCAGGGAACUAACAGUUUCGCCCUCCAUUUUCUACACUUUUUCAACACAGGAUGUGUGGAGGCUAACACACUCAACAGAAAACCAGCAGAGAAAAAUGGCUACUUGCUAAACAACACACUCCAAGCAAAUGCCUGAACUCAUAGCCAGAGCUCACAAGUGAAGAAAUGUAUUCAUCUCUAGUGGCCAAUUCAGCCUUUCAAUCUGUUUUUUUUUUUUUGUGCUGCUAAAGCAAACAUUUAUUAAUUUUUAAGUUUACAAGGCACAGCUGGCAGAGUGUGCCAACGUUAAAAUGCUGUUGAAAGGCAUGUUUACCCAUAUAUUUUGCAUAAAUGUUAUAUUAAAAAAAAAGGUUUUUAUAGUCAGUGCAGUGUUGCAGUGACAAACCUGACUGUUAUUUUCUUUCUCAGAAAAGAAAAAUUCAAGAUGCAUGUGCUUUUUUCGUUACCAUGCAAACGUUAAGCGUCAUGCAGUAUUAAUUUUUGUAUCAGAAGGGAUUUCACACUUUAUGUGCAGUAUUAAAUGCACUCAAAUAUAUUUAGACUUUAUUGACAGUAUUCAGUCAGUACAAAGUUCCUUUUUUUUCUACGCAGUAGGAAGUUAAGCAGAUUCCUAUCUAUACUAGCUAUAGUAACUGUGCAGAUGUUUCUGUAAUGUUAAUUUAAGAUGUGAUGUUCUUUAAUGUUAUAAGAUGUUCUACAGGUACAUUCUCUUUUCCAUACGACUAUAUUACUUACCUUGGCUUCUUUAAUAUGUAUAUAUCUAGGGGGAAAACGUAUUUGCACAGUUUGACCUGAAUAAAUAGUUAUUUUUUCCAGUA